GAUAUUGAUGUAGUUUGUGCCCGUGACUUAGCAGGCAAGCAAUCCUGGGUAACGGGUGUCAGCUUUGUUUUGUAAAUACCAUAAACAACAGAAAAUCUGCAGAUGCUGAAAAUCCAAGCAACACGCACAAAAUGUUGGGAGGAACUCAGCAGGCCAGGCAGCAUCAAUAGAAAAGUGUGAAGGGGUUUGGGCCAAAAUGUAGACUGUUCUGUUUUCCAUAGAUGCAAUCUGGCCUGCUGAGUCCCUCCAGCCUUUUGUGUGUAUUACUGACCAACCAUAACAGGGUACCUAAUGACUGACCUUUAACAUGUAUUGUCAAAAGUAAGCUUGUCAUCAAAGUACAUGUAUGUCGCCAUAUACAAGUGUGAGAUCUGUAUUUGUUGCCUUGCUCAGUCAGUCCAUGAAACAGAAUAGAGUCAAUGAAAGAACCCAUCCAACAAGUUGGACAAACCAAUGUGCAAAAGACAACAAACUGUGCAAAUACAAAAGAAAUUAACAAAUAAGUAAUAGACAUUGAGAACGAGAUAAAGUGCUUGGUUGUGAGAAUAUUUCAAUUACAGGGCAAGUGAAGUUGAGUGAAGCUAUUCCCUUGGGUUCAAGAUGGUUGAGGGGUAAUAACUGUUUGUGGGCCUGGUGGUCUGAGUCCUGUACCACCUUCCUGAUGGCAGCAGCAGGAAGUGAGCAGGGUCCCUGAUAAUAGAUGCUGUUUUCCUGAGCUAGUGUUGCAUGCAGAUGUUUUCAAUGGUUGGGAAAGCUUUACCCAUGAGGGACUGAACCAUAUCCACUGCUUUUUGUAGGACUUUUCAUUCAAGGGCAUUGGUGUUUCCAUACCAAGCAGUGAUACAACCAGUCCAUAUAUUCUCCACACAUCUGUAGGUUUGUCAAGUUCUAGAUGUCAUGCCAAAUGUUCACAGACUUAAGGAAGUUGAGGCACUGCCAUCAACUUUCUUUGUAAUUGCACUUGUAUGUUGGGUCCAGGACAGAUCUUCUGAAAUGAUGACGCCAAGGAAUAAGGUUGCUGACUCUCUCCACCUUUGAUCCCCCAAUGAGGACUCUACAUGGACCUCUGCUUUCCUCCUCCUGAAGUGAAGAAUCAACUCCUUGGUCUUGCUGACACUGAGCAAGAGAUGGCCAUGGAUACUCGGUUCACCAGGGGCAAGUCGGUCAUCCUGGAGCGAUCGAUCACUCGCCCCAAGUCUGAGGUCAGCCUGAGCGCCUUUGCCCUGCUGUUCUCUGAGAUUGUCCAAUACUGUCAGAACCGCGUCUACUCUGUGUCAGAGCUACAGAACAAGCUGUCGGAGCUAGGCCAGCAGGUGGGGGUGCGGAUCUUGGACGUGCUGGUAAUGCGAGAAAAGAACGGCAAGCGGGAGACCAAGGUCAUUAACGUGCUGCUCUUUAUCAAGGUCAAUGUGUGGAAGGCCCUGUUUGGCAAAGAGGCAGACAAGCUGGAGCAAGCCAAUGAUGAUGACAAGACCUAUUACAUCAUUGAGAAAGAGCCACUUAUCAAUGCCUACAUCUCGGUGCCCAAGGAGAACAGCACACUCAACUGUGCCUCCUUCACAGCAGGCAUUGUAGAGGCCAUCCUCUCUUACAGUGGCUUCCCUGCCAAGGUGACAGCUCACUGGCACAAAGGCACUACCCUUAUGAUCAAGUUUGACGAGUCUGUCAUUGCACGUGACAAAACCUUGGAUGGACGAUAAGAUGACCCGUUUGUGGCCGUCACUCUAAAUGCCUGGAUGCACCCCCUCUAUCGCACUUCUCACUGAUGAUCUACCCAAAGAUGUCAAGACCGUAACUAUGUGCAGUGUUAAGAUAACUUUGUCUCUACCUGCCCAACUCAUUCCCCAACUGAGGACUGUCGAUCGUAACAACAUUUUGUUGUUUAUCUAUGUCCCAAGUUCUGCUUGUACCAGGUUUUUGGUGUUCCUGGACUUUAAUGCUUUAGGAAAUAUAAAUAAGGAUUUGCAAUCUGGUAUAUCUGUUGUAUGUGGAAAUUAGCAAUGUAUAUUAAAACAGUUACAAAAUCCCA